GUGCUCCAAAAAUUUGAACAAGUCAUCUGUCUUGUAAUACAUUGGUUAAAUGUUAAAAAAAAAUUCACGGUGCACUGCGUAUUACCAUCGUUCUACUGCAAACAUAAUUUGACAGCUUCACUAAUUAUUUCGUUUGAUCUGCUAUCUGAAUAUCUGACGUGACAGAAACCUAUUAUUGACGCGUCACAUUUGCAAGUGACUGCGAAUUGUAUUUGGAGCUAUCACCGUAUUCAGUGACGACGAAAACGUUAUUCUUUUAAUAUGGGUGCACCAACGACACUUACCGUUAUUGGUAUCAUAUUUUUGAUGUUUGGCAUUUUUGUUGGAUGGUUCGCUUUCCCGAAGAUGUUACAUAAAAAAAUUUUAGAGAGUAAAUCAUUAAAUCCGAGAUCAAAUAUGCGUCAAAUGUGGACACAUCCUCCAAUAUCUGCCGAUUUUAAGAUUUAUUUAUUCAAUGUAACUAAUCCUGAAGAAGCCCAAAGAGGUGAAAAAGUCAUAAUUAAAGAAGUCGGACCUUAUGUUUAUCAUGAAUGGAAAGAAAAAGAAAAUUUAAUCGACGAUAUAGAUGAAGACACGGUUGAGUUUAGUUUCAAAAACACUUUUAUAUUUGACGAAAUGUCGACGCUGCCAUUAACCGGAGAUGAAAUUUUAGUUAUGCCUCAUUUGGCUAUGAUAGGAAUGGUAACAAUGACUAAGAUGAUGAAACCGGCUGCACUCGGUUUGGUAAAUAAAGCAAUUCCUUUUUUGUAUCCUGAUCAAACUAGUGCAUUUAUGACGGGAACCGCUAAUGAUAUCAUGUGGAAUGGAUUGGAUAUUAAUUGCACAUCCGGAGAGUUUGCAGCCGUCGCUAUUUGUUCGCAGAUAAGACAAAAUUCGGCAAGCCUACAUAAAGUCAACAAGGAUCAUUUCAAAUUUUCAUUAUUUGGAGUGAAAAAUGGAACCAUCGAGAGCAACCGUUACACCGUGAAACGCGGUUACAAGACGUCACCUUUAGACGUUGGACAAGUGAUCCGAUUCAACGACAAACACAAAAUGGACGUGUGGCCCGGCGACGAGUGCAAUCGGAUAUACGGGACAGACACCACGAUAUUUCAAUCAUUCAUUACGCAGGAAACCAACUUGGCCAGCUUCAGCGGUGACAUUUGCCGAUCAUUAACUCCAGACUUUUUACGAGAAACAAAAUAUAAUGGAUUAAAUGUGUUUGAGUAUUCUGCCGUAUUAGUAAAGCCGGAGGAAAAAUGUUUUUGUUUGAAUCCAAAAAAAUGUCUGAAACCUGGAGCAUUGGAUUUGACAAAUUGUUCAGGUGCUCCUAUAAUUGCAACUUUCCCUCAUUUUUAUAAAUCUGAAGAAUAUUUGAAUAAUAUUGAUGGUUUAAGCCCCGAAGUUGAGAAACAUAAGAUUCAAAUGUACUUUGAACCUAUGACUGGUACUCCAUUAUUGGGUUAUAAACGUUUACAAUUCAACAUUUUUUUGAAGAAAGAAUCAAAAAUAAGCGUUAUGAAAACGCUUAACGAAGAUGAAAAACUUAUACCAUUGUUUUGGGUUGAAGAGGGAGUCGCUUUAAACAAGACGUGGACUAAUCAAAUAAAAAAUAAAUUAUUCUUGCCAAUUACUAUCAUGAAAUACGUUAAAUACAUUUUUGUGGCUUUUGGUAUUAUUUUCAUUAUAUUAGCAAUGGUUAUCAACUACAAUAGUGUAAAGACGGUGGAAGUCACACCAAAAUAUUAG